UCCUCCUCUUCCAUCUCUCGUUCCUCUCCCCUCGCGCUGCCCAAUCCGGUCGCUGAUUGUCGGCGCAGCGGCAAGCGGCGGGAUGCGCACUUGAUCAGCUGGCGAGUGCACGUCGGCUCCGGGAGGAAGCAGCAGAGCGCGACGGACCCUCUCCCCUCUCCGUCCUUUGCGGACCCCCACGACCAGGAUACCCGAGCACCAGCAGAAGCAUCUUUUUUUUCUUUUUUUUUUGGGCCGAACAGUAACACAGACGAGCGUGCUGCGCCUUCUGCAGCGAGCAGCAGCGCGAGCUCGCUUAGCUUGCAGGACCUUGGCGAUGGAGCUCCGUGGGUGAACUUGGUCGCUCGCGUGCCCGCCGCCGCCGACGUGCGCGCGCUGGAAGUUUGGAAGUUGACGCGCACGCACGCACGCACAAACGCCAGGUGGAUUUGAAUGGACUGAGGAGGCGGGGCUAAGCGUGGAACAUCAGAAGGACAAAAAAAAAAAAAAAAAAAAAAAGGCCAAAAAGCGGGGUGACGGUGAAGGCAUGCGGGCAGCAUGGAACGGGUGAGGGAGCAGCGGCCGUUCUGCUCGCUCUCCAGGAGCCAGCGAGAGCACCGCGAGCGAGACGGAGAACCCGAACGCAAGUGCCGCUACGUCUCGGAGCGCGAGGACGCCGCCCGCAACUCCGCCGCGCCGUCCUGUCGCGUGCCCACGCAGAAGUCGUACAGCUCCAGCGAGACGCUCGAAGCCUUCGAGCAUGACCCGGCGCGAAUGCUCUUCGGGGGCAGGGUCAAGGAGAUGGCGCGCCAGGAGAGUGCCGCUGAGUACAGCCGGCCAGGGCAGACGUUCUCGCUGAGGCAGCUCGGCAUCUGCGAGCCUCGCCGAGGCCUGGCGCCGUGCCCCGAGAGGGGCCCGUCGCACCCCCUCGGCACCUACGCCCGGGGGCCCGCCUCCGCCUCGCAGGGGUGCGAACCCCAGUCCCCGGAACGUACCGUCGCCCUUUGGGGCAAGGGGGGCGGCAACUCGUGCCUCUCCAGCCGCUCCAACUCGGCGCUCACGCUCACCGACACGGAAAUGGACAACAAGUCAGACAACGAGAUGGGUGACCGUCUGUCCAGUCCUCAGGGUCCUCCCCCCCUGCCGCCGGCCCCCCCGCCGCCACCCCACAAGCAGCACCCUUCCAUCACGUCCCUGAGUCGCGGCUCGCUGGCCAAUAAUCAGAGGGCCGCGAGCCCGCCACCCGCCGCCGGCCUGGCGGCCGAUUUGCAGAACACGGCGGAAUGCGUCCAGCUGCAGGACAGCUGGGUGCUGGGCAGCAAUGUGGCACUGGAGAGCCGGCACUUCCUAUUUAAGACGGGCACCGGAAGCACCCCCUUCUUCGGCGCGGCAGCCCCCGGCUACACCAUGGCGACGGGCACAGUGUACUCCACGCCGGCGCGCCCGCUGCCCCGCGGCAGCCUGUCCCGUGGCGCCUUCAAGUUCAAGAAGUCACCCAAGCACUGCUCCUGGAAGUGCACCGCCCUGAUUGCGGUGGCCGUUGCCGUGCUGUUGUCCGUCAUUCUCUGCUACUGCAUGGCCAUGCACCUUUUUGGCCUCAACUGGCAGCUGCAGGAGUUGGACAGCCAGCCGGCGUUUGAAAACGGCGGAGUCGGGAAGCCCGGUCCCUCGCCGUCCAGCGCCGUCACGGCCCUCGCCGCCGACGGAAGGACGAGCAUUCUCCACCAGGAGAACAACUCUGUGGACACGGGGCCCGCGGACGUCGGGAAAAGAGCGGGCCUAAGUGUUCCUCCAGGCGUUUUCUGGCGUUCCCAGCUCAGCGUGGACAAGCCGCGCUUCCUCAAAUUCAACAUCACGGUGCAGAAGAACGCCUUGAUCGGCGUGUACGGGCGCAAGGGUCUCGCGCCGUCUCACACGCAGUAUGACUUUGUGGAGCUCUUGGACGGCAGCCGGCUCAUCGCGAACGAACACCGUGCCCCGAGCGAGCCCGACAGGGGAGCCAGCCCGGAGCAGCAGGUGGUGGUCCACCAAGCGGGGUUCAUCCAGUACCUCGACGCCGGCGUGUGGCACCUGGCUUUCUAUAAUGACGGACGCAGCGCGGAGGCAGUGUCCUACAAGGCCGUCGUCCAGGAGUCUGUCACCGAGUGCGCACACAACUGCUAUGGGAACGGCGAGUGCGCGGUGGGUUCCUGUCACUGCUUCCCAGGAUUCAUCGGGCCGUACUGUUCCAGAGCUGCCUGCCCUGUCCUGUGCAGCGGUAACGGCCAGUACACUAGGGGGCGCUGCCAGUGCUACAGCGGCUGGAAGGGCACAGAGUGCGAUGUGGCCUCAGGCCAGUGCGUGGACCCUCAGUGCGGGGGCCACGGUGUGUGCGUGGCGGGCAACUGUGUGUGCAACACCGGCUGGAGAGGAAGCAACUGUGAACAAGUGGACUGCGUGGACCCAAAGUGCUCCGGACACGGCACUUGUCAUCACGGCGAGUGCCACUGCACCCCGGGCUGGGGCGGAAUCAGCUGCGAGAUCUUGAAGAGCACUUGUCCUGAGCAGUGCUCCAGUCACGGCACCUUCAGCACCGACUCGGGGACGUGCGUCUGCGAGGACAACUGGACCGGAGCCGAUUGUUCCAUAGAGGUGUGCGUGGUGGACUGCGGCCCUCGCGGCUCGUGCUUGGGCGGCGUGUGCCACUGCGAGGAGGGCUGGGCGGGCGUCGAAUGCGAGCAGAGGGACUGCCACCCGCGCUGCAUCGACCACGGGGUGUGUCGCGAGGGCAAGUGCGACUGCCACCAGGGCUGGACUGGCGAGCACUGCACCAUCGCCCUGGAUUCCAGAGUGUCAGGAGCGGUCAAGAUAGGAUAUAAAGAUGGCUGCCCGGGCCUGUGCAACAACAACGGGCGUUGCGUCUUGGAUCAGAAUGUCUGGCACUGCAUCUGUCAGUCAGGAUGGCGAGGCCUGGGCUGUGAUGUCGCCACCGAGACGCUCUGCUCGGACGGCAAGGACAAUGAGGGAGAUGGCCUGGUGGACUGCAUGGACCCGGACUGCUGUGCUCAGAUCUCCUGCCAGGGUCAAACAUACUGUAAAGGUUCGCUGGACCCGGCCGCCGCCGCCGCCGCCGCCAUGCAGGGCCAGAACUCGGCCGGCCAACCCGUCUCCAGGAGCUUCUAUGAGCGUGUGGCAUUCCUGAUGGGGCCCAGCGGGAGUCAUGUUCUACCAGGGGAGAACCCUUUCAACAGCAGCCUGGCGUCAGUCAUCCGUGGUCAGGUCCUCACCGGAGACGGAACGCCACUGAUCGGAGUCAAUGUGUCAUUCCCGCACUACCCGGACUAUGGCUACACCGUCACAAGACAGGACGGCAUGUUUGACCUGCUGGCCAACGGCGGUGCGUCGCUAACGCUGACAUACGAGCGAGCGCCUUUUCCAACCCUGCGCCGCACCGUGUGGAUCCCGUGGAACGUCUUCCACGCGAUGGACCCCGUGGUGAUGCGGCGCGAGGAGAACAACGACAUCUCCGGCUGCUACCUGACGGGGCUGAGGCGCCCUGAGCCGCUGGUCCUGGCGUCGCCACUUUCCACCUUGUACAAGACGUCAGCUGAGGACAGCCCCGUCAUUCCCGAGACGCAGGUCCUCCACGAGCAAGUGGCCAUCCCAGGCAGCGACCUCAACCUGGUCUACCUGAGCUCGCGGGCGUCCGGCUACAAGCCCAUCCUCAAGGUUCUUCUGACACAGGACCGGCUGCCCUUCGGCUUGAUGAAGGCGCACCUGAUGGUGGCCGUGAUGGGUCGCCAGCUGCAGAAAUCCUUCCCGGCCUUCCCCGACCUUUCCUACACCUUCAUCUGGGAUAAGACGGACGCCUACGGCCAGAAGGUCUACGGCCUGGCAGAGGCUGUGGUGUCGGUGGGCUACGAGUACGAGUCGUGCCUUGACGUGGUCCACUGGGAGAAGAGGACGGCGGUGCUGCAGGGCUACGAGGUGGACGCUGCCAACAUGGGAGGCUGGAUGUUGGACAAGCACCACGUCCUCGACGUGCAGAACAGUAUUCUGUACAAAGGCAGCGGCGAGAACCAGUUCAUCUCGCUGCAGCCGCCCGUCAUCUCCACCAUCAUGGGCAACGGCCGCCGUCGGAGCAUCUCGUGCCCAAGCUGCAAUGGCCAGGCGCUGGGCAACAAGCUGCUGGCACCCGUGGCCUUGGCAUGGGGCAUCGACGGCAGCCUCUACGUGGGUGACUUCAACUACAUUCGACGUAUCUACCCGUCGGGCAACGUCACCAGCAUCAUGGAGCUUAGAAAUAAAGACUUUAGACACAGCAACAACCCAGCACACCGCUACUAUCUGGCCACCGACCCGGUCACAGGCCAGCUGUACGUGUCGGACACCAACUCGCGGCGGAUCUACCGGCCGAAAAGCCUCUCCGGAACCAAGGACCUGCAGGCCAAUGCCGAGGUGGUGGCCGGGACCGGAGACCACUGCUUGCCCUUUGACGAGAAACACUGCGGGGACGGCGGCAAAGCUGUGGAGGCGUUGCUCACCGGACCCAAAGGCAUCGCAGUGGACAAGAACAGCCUGAUUUACUUCGUGGACGGCCCUACCAUCCGCAAGGUAGACCAGAACGGCGUCAUCUCCACCUUCCUGGGCUCCAACGACUUGACGUCGGCGCGACCGCUCACCUGCGACGACAGCAUGGAUGUCAAUCAGGUUAUUCUGGAGUGGCCCACAGACCUGGCGGUGAGCCCGAUGGACAACUCGCUCUACGUGCUGGACAACAACAUCGUGCUGCGCAUCACCGACAACGGCCAAGUGAGCAUCACGGCGGGACGCCCCGUCCACUGCCCGCUGUCCAUGCCGGAGCGCGGCAUACCGUCCGGUGGCCAACGGGCGCAGCUCACCCCCCUGGAGUCAGCUGCGUCCAUCGCCGUCUCCUACCACGGCGCCAUCUACAUCGCCGAGACAGACGAGAGGAAUCUGAGCCGCAUCCGCAAGGUCUCCGUAGACGGCGAGAUCACGCACUUGGCCGGGUCGCCCUCGGACUGCGACUGCAAGAACGACGCCAACUGCGAUUGCUACCAGGCGGGCGACGGUUACGCCAAAGAUGCCAGGCUCAACGCGCCGUCGUCCCUGGUGGUCGCGCCGGAGGGGACGCUCUACCUGGCUGACCUGGGGAACAUCCGCAUCCGGGCCGUGUCUCGCAACGGGCCGGUGUCGACGUCCAACGGCUACGAGGUGGCGUCGCCAGACGCCCAGGAGCUGUACGUGUUCGACGGUAACGGCACGCACCAGCACACGACCAGCUUGCUCACCGGAGACUCCAAGUACACCUUCAGCUACAGCACGGAGAACGACAUCACCGCGGUGACAGAUAGCAAUGGAAACACGCUGCGAAUACGCCGAGACUCCAACCGCACGCCGGUGCGUAUCGUGGCCCCGGACAACCAGGUGAUCUGGCUCACCAUGGGCACCAACGGCGGGCUCAGGACCCUCACGGCGCAGGGCCAGGAGCUGGUGCUGCUCACCUACCACGGCAACAGCGGCCUGCUGGCCACCAAGACCUCCGAGAUCGGAUGGACCACCUUCUACGACUACGACAUCGAGGGCCGCCUCAUGAACGUCACCUUCCCCACCGGCAUGGUCAACAACCUUUACACGGACAUAUACAGCUCUCUCACCGUGGACAUCGAGAGCUCCCUCAAUGAGGAGGAGAUCAGCAUCACCACCAACACCUCCAGCAUCCACGCCUACUACACCCUCUCCCAGGAUCAAUGCAAAAGCAGCUACCAGGUGGGCUUUGACAACUCGCUGCGGGUCACGUACGCCAACGGUAUGGAGACCCACUACCAGACCGAGCCCCACAUCCUGGCGGGAGCCGCCAACCCGACGGUGGCCAGGCGCAACAUGAGUUUGCCAGGCGAAAGCGGGCAGAACCUGGUGGAGUGGCGAUUCCGCAAAGAGCAAGCCCGAGGGAAGGUCAUUGUGUUCGGACGCAAGCUGAGGGUGAACGGACGUAACAUCCUCUCCAUCGAUUACGACCGAACCCUGAGGACCGAGAAGAUUUAUGACGACCACAGGAAAUUCCUCCUGAAGAUCAUAUACGACACGGCGGGGCAUCCCGUACUGUGGGUGCCCAGCAGUAAGCUGCUACCCGUCAACGUCAGCCGCACCAGCAAUGGGCAGAUCAGCACCCUGCAGAGGGGUGCCACCACCGAGAAGCUGGGCUACGACACUCAGGGACGCUUGGUGUCUCGGGUGUUUGCUGACGGGAAGAUAUGGAGCUACACUUACCUGGAGCAGUCCAUGGUCCUGCUGCUCCACAGUCAGCGCCAGUACAUCUUCGACUUCGACUCGCUGGACCGCCUCCAGGGCGUCACCAUGCCGAGCGUGGCCCGCUACACCCUGCAGACGGUGCGCUCGGUGGGCUACUACCGUAAUCUCUACCACCCUCCGGAGAGCAACGCAUCUGUUGCCGUGGACUACAGCGAGGACGGCCUCCUGCUCAGGGUGUCCCACUUCGGCACCGGCCGCCAAGUGCUCUACCGCUACCGGCGUCAGAACAAGCUGUCGGAGAUCCUGUACGACAGCACGCGGGUCAGCUUCACCUACGACGAGACCGCGGGCGUCCUGAAGACGGUCAACCUGCAGAGCGACGGCUUCAUCUGCUCCAUCCGUUACCGGCAGGUGGGGCCUCUGGUAGAUCGGCAGAUCUUCCGCUUCAGCGAGGACGGCAUGGUGAACGCCCGCUUCGACUACACCUACGACAGCAGCCUGCGUGUCACCAGUGUGCAGGGCGUCAUCAACGAGACGCCUCUGCCCAUCGAUCUUUACCAGUUCGACGACAUCUCCGGCAAGGUGGAGCAGUUCGGCAAGUUUGGCGUCAUCUACUACGACAUCAACCAGAUCAUCUCCACGGCGGUGAUGACGUACACCAAGCACUUUGACGCGCACGGUCGCAUCAAGGAGAUCCAGUAUGAGAUCUUCCGCUCGCUCAUGUACUGGAUCACUUUCCAGUACGACGACGUGGGCCGCGUCACCCGGCGCGAGAUCAAGAUCGGACCGUUCGCCAACACCACCAAGUACGGCUAUGAGUACGACGUGGAUGGCCAGCUGCAGACCGUCUACCUGAACGAGAAGGUGACCUGGCGCUACACGUACGACCUCAAUGGCAACCUGCACCUGCUCAAUGCCGGGAACAGCGCGAGACUCCUUCCGCUACGCUACGACCUCAGGGACCGAAUCACCCGUCUCGGAGACAUCCAGUACCGCUUGGAUGAAGACGGCUUCCUCCGCCAGAGAGGGGCUGAGAUCUUCGAGUACAACUCCAAGGGCCUCCUGGUUCGGGUGUACAGCAAAAGCAGCGGGUGGACCAUCCAGUACCGCUACGACGGGCUCAGUCGAAGGGUAUCCGCCAAGACCAGCCUGGGCCAGCACUUGCAGUACUUCUACGCCGAUUUAAACUACCCGGCCCGGAUUACGCACAUCUACAACCACUCCAGCUCGGAGAUCACUUCGCUGUACUAUGACCUGCAGGGCCACCUAUUCGCCAUGGAGAUCAGUAGCGGCGAGGAGUUCCACAUUGCCUGCGACAACACGGGAACGCCUCUGGCCGUCUUCACGAGCAACGGCCUCCUGGUCAAGCAGCUGCACUACACGGCCUAUGGCGAGGUCUACUUCGACUCCAAUCCGGAGUUCCAGCUCGUGCUGGGCUUCCACGGCGGUCUGUACGACCCGCUAACCAAGCUGCUACACUUCGGCGAGAGGGACUAUGACAUUAUGUCCGGCAGGUGGACAGUGCCGGACGUUUCCACCCUGAGGGACGUCGGCAAGGAGCCGGCGCCUUUUAACCUUUACAUGUUCCAGAAGAACAACCCCAUCAGCAAAGUCCAAGAAGUGAGGGAAUAUGUGGCAGACGUGAACAGCUGGCUGGUGACUUUUGGCUUUCACCUGCACAACACCAUUCCCGGCUUUCCCAUGCCCAAGUUCGACCUGAGCAUGCCGUCGUACGAGCUGAGGAAGAGUCAGCUGUGGGACGAUUUGCCGUCCAUCUCGGGCGUGCAGCGUGAAGUCACCCGCCAGGCUCAGUCGCUCUUGUCCUUCGAGCGUCUGCCCGAGGUGCACCUGCGGCGAGGCCGUCGCGGGGAGAAGCCUUGGCUGUGGUUCUCGGCGGCGACGUCGCCCGUGGGCCGCGGCGUCAUGUUGGCCAUCUACAAGGGCAGCGUGCACGCGCACACCCUCAACAUGGCAGGCGAGGACUGCAUCAAGGUGGCGGGCAUCCUCAACAACGCCUUCUACCUGGAGGAGCUUCACUUCACCGUGGAGGGCCAGGACACGCACCACUUCGUCAAGCCGGGCCUGCCCGACGCCGACCUGGCCGCCCUGCACCUGACCAGCGGCCGCAAGACGCUGGACAACGGCGUCAACGUCAGCGUGUCGCAGUCCACCGCCGUGGUGGACGGACGCACGCGCCGCUUCGCCGACGUCGAGGUGCGCGCCGGCGCGCUGGCGCUGCACGUGCGCUACGGCGCCACCGUGGACGAGGAGAAGGCCCGCGUGGCCGAGCUGGCCCGACAGCGCGCCUUGGCGGGCGCCUGGGCGCGGGAGCAGAGACGGCUGCGCGACGGCGAGGAGGGCGGUCGGCCGUGGACGGAGGGCGAGAAGCGGCAGCUGCUGAACGCCGGCAAGGUGCUCGGCUACGACGGCUACUACGCCCUCUCGGCCGAGCAGUACCCCGAGCUGGCGGACAGCGCCGACAACAUCCACUUUCUGAGGCAGAAUGAGAUCGGGAAGAGGUAACAGAACGUAAGACGUGACUGCUCGUGUUGUACGCCGCUCACAAACAGUUUAGGGUAUUCGGCUUUUGGCUAAAAUAUCAGCUUGAUAUGACUGACGCCUUCUUCUUCACCGAGUCACGGUUUGUAUUUAUCUAUUCCACGUUAUUUGAGGAGUCUUUUUUUCCCCAAUCCCACGCUUAGUCGCGUUAUUUUUGUUUGUUUGUUUGUUUAUUUGUUUUAUAAAUAGCAAUUAUGAUGAGCUUAUUAUUAUUGGAUUAUUGGCAGAAUUGGGCUUUUGGUGGUCAGGGCACUCCAAAGUCAAGGUACCACUGUUGCACUGAUAUAGAUACCAUAUAUAUAUAUAUAGAAAAAAAAAUAAUUUGAUAAGAGACACCAUAUAUAAAAAACUAUUUUAUAGCUUUACCCCUCCCACAUUCUUUAAACAUGUUUAAAUUGAUUGAAAUUGCACGCCGACUGUGUUCGGAAACACUCCCCAUCAGCUAAGUAUAUGAUGCCCUUGAGUUCGCCAUUUUGUAGUGCUGUUCCAGUGCCUACCAAGUAUAUAUAUAUAUAUAUACAUUAUAUAUAUGUGCAUAUAUAUAAUGUAUAUAUAUAUAUAUAUAGCCCCUAGUUAGUGUCCCUAUGUAUCCCACAAUGCAUCUUGAAUAGUUCAUACAAUGUUGGUCACUAGAAAAACAGAUAUAUCCCAUGAUGCAUUGCACUGAUACAGAAAAAAAGAUGAUCUGUAUCGUGGUAUUGUUUGAUUUUCGGCCCGAGACGAAUCCCAAUAUCCCGAACUUUUUGUGAGUUGUGUAUGUUCCUGAUGGCUGUUUUUGUAAACAAUCAAAUAAUCUUAAAAAACAAAAAAACAAACACAAUGCUGUGCAUUGUGAGUCGGGGGAGGAGGGAGGGGGGUGGGGGAGGGGGAACUUUCAAAGUCACCGAGCCUUAACACGGGCGAGUACAGGUCACUUCCUCUGUAGCACAAAAAGCCUUCUGGACUCUCGAGUGGAACAAUAGCAAAGGGAGGAGGAGCUUAUUUUUCGGGCCCGAGCACCAGGGGGCGCUGCGUAGGCCCUCGUGGAAUCGCUGUUUCGUUAUUAUUAGAAUGAAUUCAUAAAUAAAUGAAUGGCCUUUGGGGGGGGGGGGGGGGGGGGGGGUCCAGCUAUGCCUAAAACUCCACGUGAAGAAAUAUGUAUCUAAAGGGUCCCCAACAUUGAACUCAGUCAGCAGCGCCUCCUGGAAAGUUAGAAAAAAAAUCUGCCCCUAACCCUACUUUUACCGAUUAACACAAAAUUGGGUGGACAUUUCAAUCAUAACCAGACGCAAGAAAGGUUUCAAGAAUCCAUGCCCGAAACCAAACAGGAAGUCGUCCAUUUUGGGCAAAUUCCAGGUCUUGUAUGAGGUAUUCUGCCCUUGACAGAUGGACGAUGCUAAAUUGUAACGUUUUCUUUUUUUUUUGUGCCCGUGUCAUCUAAUGUGAGUUUGAAAAAGGGGGUGCGAGGGCCCGCCCGUUCAUUGCGCACUGUGGCUUUAAUGAUGUUUUUAUGUUGUUCUUUUUCCUUGUUGGUUGUUUUGUUUUCACAACGUUCAGCUUCACUGCAGUUAUUGUACGACCAGGAAAUGUUUACAUUGAGUGCACUCGUGCCCCAUAUGUCAUAUCAAUGAGCAAAGCAAAUGUUUGUUUCUUUAAUCACCUCCCCAAAAAAUCCAUAAACAUGUACAUGAGAGCUAGCACUUGUAAACUUUAACGUGUUUAAUGCUUUGAGAAAAAACAAACUGUUUUCAUGUUUCAAUAGAAAAUGUUCAUUGUGGGCGGGGUGAAAAUGGGAGAAAGGACUCGAAUGGACUCCUUGGGCACCCCAGGGGCUCCUGCUUUUGUAAAUGAUGAAUCUACCAGUAAUUUAUGUUCGUGUUUAUACAUAACUAAUAAACGACAGAUUGGUUUUGGAUGA